AUGUACGCCAGCAUCUUCGGGAACGUAUCAGCCAUCAUCCAGCGGCUCUACUCAGGGACGGCCCGCUACCACACCCAGAUGCUGAGAGUCAGGGAGUUCAUCCGCUUCCACCAGAUCCCCAACCCUCUGCGGCAGCGGCUGGAGGAGUACUUCCAGCACGCCUGGUCCUACACCAACGGCAUCGACAUGAACGCCGUGCUCAAAGGGUUCCCUGAAUGUCUCCAGGCAGAUAUCUGCCUCCACCUGAACCGAACGCUGCUGCAGAACUGUAAGGCCUUUAAAGGCUCCACUAAGGGCUGCCUCAGGGCGCUGGCCAUGAAGUUCAAGACCACCCACGCACCCCCCGGUGACACGCUGGUCCACGCCGGGGACGUCCUCACCGCCCUCUACUUCAUAUCCAGGGGAUCCAUAGAGAUCCUGAGAGGAGAUGUGGUCGUCGCCAUCUUGGGAAAGAACGACAUAUUCGGUGAACCCAUCAACCUGUACCCCCGCCCGGGUAAAUCCAACGCUGAUGUGAGAGCUCUGACAUACUGUGACCUCCAUAAGAUUCUGAGAGAAGACAUCCUGGAGGUACUGGACAUGUAUCCAGAGUUUGGAGAACACUUCUGGAACAACCUGGAAAUCACCUUCAACCUCAGAGACACCAACAUGAUCCCAGGCUCCCCCAGCAGUGAUGACUCCACAGGAGGAGGGUUCAACAAACUACGCAGGAGGAAGUUAUCCUUUAGAAGACGUACAGAAAAAGACGAUGCAGACGCCGGAGAAUAUAAAAAAUCCCAUAAAUCCUCGAGGCGAAGACAGAGGGAGCCAGCAGGCAACCAUCGGGAGAAGGAGGAAGCUGCUAAAAGACCAUGGGGGGGCCAUCGGGGCUCGGUGUCAUCACACUCCAGCGGUGACGAGGGGGAGGAGCCAGUUGUCACCGGCCUCGCUCCACCCCCCGCGAUGCUGGAACCCCCCAAGGCUCAAGCCCCACCCAGAAACUUCAGUGAUAACACAGAGGCUGAGGGAGACCCAAAGACAGGGAACACCUGCAACGCCCUUUCAGGGGCUUUCUCAGGGGUGUCCAACAUCUUCAGCUUCUGGGGAGAGAGCCGAGGAGGCGGUCAGUACCAGGAGGUCCCCAGCUGCAGCCUGGCUUCCCCCCCGCCUCUCAACACGCCGCUGCACAGCCUGAGCCGGCAGCAGCGCAGCCAGCUGGACACGCGCCUCGACCUGCUGCAGAAACAGCUCAACAGGUUGGAGAGCCGCAUGUCCGCGGACAUUGGUGUGAUCAUGCAGCUCCUGCAGAGACAGAUGGCCCUGGUUCCUCCUGCUUACAGUGCUGUGUCUUCACCUCCUCAGCCCUCACCCUACCCUGGCCCAGGACCAGGAGACAGAGCAGCUCCACCCAUCCCUCCUCUGGAAACAGACACACUGGCUUCCCUAUCACAGAUCUUGGACUCCCAGAACUUUGAAGAGUUCCCAGCAAAGACACUUGAUUCUGUUCUUCCCCAGGACACCUCUUUUAUCAUCCCCAAACAGGAACAACCUGAAUCCUCUGGACUAAGCGGCUUGGGACAGCACCUGAAGCUGGAGCUUGGACUUGGCAGUGGGGCUGGAGUAAUGGCGGAAGGAAGUGUGACACAUGGGGAAACAAGUUUAGAAGGAGAAUUGGGAUUUGCGUCAGGGGAGCAUUUGAUGCCAGCAGCUGGGACGGCGGUAUCACCUUUGGAUUCUGAGACCCAAAGAAGGCUUUCUCUUCAAGACUCACAGACUCCUCUGGAUUCACGGACACCACAGAGACAUGGCUCUGACCCAGGGGGGAGCUAAGGCAAUGUGAUAGAGGAGGGGGUGAAGAGAUCUGUCAAUUGUUCAACAAGGAAGGUAGAAGAUCAGGAGGCAACCGGUGGAUCUACCAACCAUGCCCUUUUUGGCCAUAAUAAUGCCAUGAAAAGGGUCAAGAACUUCUCCUUCUGCCUCAGUCUUUGUCUCUGAGUCCCCCUCAAGACAACUUGAUCUUUCUGAUCUUCAAAGCGGUACACCUUUAACCAAAACCAUAAGCCGAACAGAGGCUAACCCUGGCCAGUCCGUUCUGGGCCUUUCAGCCAGCCACUAAGGAUUACCUUUCUUCUCACUUACUUUGAAAAGAUGACUAACUUAUUGAAGAAUCCCUUUACUGCUGUGUCCGGUGUUGGACAAUUAAAGAGAAAGAGAUAACAGUGGACAGAACAACAACAAAAAGUAGCCAUUUUACGUCUUGCACUGAAAACCUUGAUACACUGAUUAUUCUUUCUAUAUAUGUCCAAGGCGCUUCCGAAAAAAACUCGCUGACCGGUUGGUGAAUUGUAGUGUUAGCUGGCCUAACAGGAACUCUGCUGUCCCGUUCUGUCAUUGGUUCCGUCCCCCUUGAUGUCCCUCCCCCUAAAAGAGGUGGAGCUAAUCUUUUAAUUUGUAUUCUGCCCAAGAGCCCCUUGGAUUGGCUGGUCCGCACCUCAGGGGGUGGGAACUGGAGGGUUACAAGCCAUGAAUUUCCUCGAAGAACAUAUCAGCUAUCCUAUCAUUAAUGUUGACAUUUGCUAGAGAGCUGAACACAAGCGACAACGCUUAGGUUGUGUGAGCAACAGGUAAACUGGCAAACUUACAAGGUUUUUAAAUAAGAGCAGUAGACCAAAAAAGCUUCACCAAGCAGGCCCCCCAUUAACAGCUCCAUUAGCUUCUCUAUGAGCUGAUGCCCUGCAGUGAGGAGGUCUGCGCUGAUUUCUAACACCCAGUUAAGGCUCAUGCAUGAAGGAACUCCAGUUUUUCGUUGUUGAAUUUGCUACCUCAGAUUUCAUUGGUCCUUGCUUUUGUUUUUCACCCCAAGCACGCACCCUGAAUGCAUUUACCUUGUAUAUAUGAGCUUGUCAUGUGACACAUAAGUAUACGAGUUUGCCAGUUUACAAACGACCAGCCGAAUGCGCCAUUUAUAGAUGUACAGUACAAUAUGCAAACACUGGCUAGAUGAAAUAAGUGUGUGGGUGUGUGCUAUGCUACUAUGUGUGGGAUAGGGCCUAAUAGGGCCUGAUCAGAGGCUUUCAGUUUGUAGUUUGUCUCGUUUUAUUUAAUCUCGUUCAGAGUUCAAUGUGUUUGCUUCGACACAAUGCUUAGAGGCUCACUGGGUUUGCUUGUUUAGCUUUUUUCCCAAGACAAAAACAAGUAAAUUAUGCCUUGUUGAAAAAAGCUGAUGGAAGGUUAACUUUAUGAGAUAUAAACCCUUUACACUUUCACUCUACGUAUAGAACACACAGUCCUUUUAACAUCGGUUAAAAGAUACAAAGAAAUUCUGCUUUAUUACUAUUUUACAUUAUAGGGUUAAGCUUUUAUUAUAAAAAAAAAAGGGGCAGUCAAGAUAAACAGAAAAAUUAUAUAGUUCAUGAAUAAUUUGGAAUUGAAAAAUUAUUUUGAAACUGAAAAGAUUCAUUUUUGUUUUUAGUCAUGGACCCUAAAGCUCAAAGUUUGGGUUAAAGCGGCUCAUGUAAGGAAAAGGGACUAAU